AUGUGUUGUUUGGCGACCCCCGUGAAAUGGUCGUUCGACCCCAAAUGGGGUCCCGACCCACAGGUUGGGAACCACUGCUGUAUACUGUAUCUUAUACAAAUACACACAAAGAUUAAAUCUACAAUCUAGUUUUGACAAAUUGAUUUUUAUCUGAAUAAAAAAUAUGAAGAAUACAUCUGAGUAAUUCCAUGUAUAUGUUAAACACCUAUGCAUAAUUAACUACUAACGGUAGCACCUGCUGUUUGUAUUUCCGUUGCAGGAGUAUGAAAUUUUUCAGAAGCUACACUAUUGCUUUUCAACUGAUUGAGAGAAAAAAGAUCCAUUCUCAGUGGGCCAAAUCUCCUUUUUUGGUCAAACAUUUUAAUCUUCAUUCUAAUCAUAGUUGCCACAUUUUUAUUAUGCUGCUUUGUUAAUCGUAUGGCUGUUUUCUUUACCAGAACGAAAUCAAAUGCAAUGCCACCCUUCCAAAAUGUCCGUGACCUUUUCCAUCUCCAUCUCUGAAAAUGUCCGUGACCUUUUCCAUCUCCAUCGCUGUGUCGCCUGCACUAUCCUGUCACUAAUCAAUCACACAGUAUUGUUCUCUGGAACAGUUGCAACCAUUGCUAAAGAACACUGCAGCAGCACAUCGAGAUGGAAAAAAAAAAGGCUUCCCGAUUUAAAUAUAAACAAAUAUAUUUUACGCCGGCAGGUUGAUCUUGUCAUUUUUCCCUUAAAUUUGCAUUUAUAAUCAAUCGUCUAAUAGCCGUAUUGUCUUUGCAGCCUCUAAAAAGCUCUCUUGAUUGGGGCCAUCAGAUCUGGUGAUCUGUGCCCAUAAUUUUCUUUUGUGGUAGCAGCGGCUCCUGACCGGCUGAGAGAUGCGGCGAAAAGGGAAGCGUCAAGCGAAGCCGAAGUGGGUACCACUGAAGGCUCCAGACGUUGCAGAAUGAGUGCAGACACGGAGGGCAGAAAAUGGAGAGGGAGGACAGGAGGGGAGGGACGGCGGUGAUCAGAUCAGGCGUCCGCCUGGCAGAAGCCGCGAGGGUAAGCAGGAGGAGGCGAGCCUAGGUGGACGUUAAACCGGGGCAGCCCCUCUCCAGUCAAGGGCUCCAAUUUCUUUGCAGAUCGAGAGGGAAGCGGCGUGGCCAGAGUGGUUAGUGCACCACGAGCGUUGGAGAAACCAACCCGCUUUGGGCUGAUGAUAACCUGCCGGUGCGCCUAGCUGAGGCGUACCACUCUCCUCCCCUUCCCCUCCUCUUCUGGUGAGCCGGGCCGACUCCGAGGCUGGCAGACAUUGGAUCUCCCAGGCGCACGGGGAGGCGGAACAGCCCGUGGUAGAAAUCCCAGAUUCGGGAUUGUGGAGUAAUGAAAGAGUUUCUGUCCCCCCUCUUGCAGGGAGGCGGCUGCGCCAGUCCUCAGACAAGCCAGGUGGUGGGCGGGGGAGCGGGCGCUAAGGCGACGGCUCGUUUGCUUGUGCUUCGCCCCCCCUCUUUACGCGCGCUUAUGCCCGCCUCUCCGCAGCCUCUAAGCCAGUCCGCUUCGGGCAGGUAGGCUACGAGCGCUGGAGGUGCGCGCCUACGUUGGAGUGCUGGUCUCCCGUAUCGUCCCCCCUCCAAUAAGACUCCAUACGGCGCGCCUCCGACCUUUCCAGGAAAGGACCAAAGUGCCCUUUCACGCCCCUAUUUCCCUGCCUUGUUUUUUUUUUUUUUUUGCACGUCCACCUCUCCGAUCCGCGGGGGGGGCGGAGGGCAGUGGUAGGACGCGGCGCGCACUGGGGAGGUCUUUACGUCGGCCUCAGCUGUGGAGAAUGAAUUAAAGCGGCUUUCCAGGGGCAGCGGCAGCGGCGGGGCGCGUCUCUGGUUACGGUGCGUCUUACUGAUUGAAUGAAAGGGAUGGACUUCCCUGUGGAUCUCCUGGAUAACUACAAUCAUGAAGAUCUGGAGAGAUCUGGAGAGGAUUGUCUAUCUGAACUUAGAUGUGGAGAUCCAGAAAAUCCAGAAUAUUUCUCUCUUGUUGAUAAUAUCAAGGUUCCAAUUUGUUUGUCAACCGUAGGCUUCAUCCCCCUUUAUGGUGGAGAAGAAAGAUACAAAGUUCUUGCUUUAUUUGCACCGGAGGACUCACUUGCAGCUGUUGCCUUGUUUCUGGCUGAUCAGUGGUGGACUAUUGAUGAUAUUUUGAGAACAUCUUCUUCUUCUAGAGAAGGACUUCUACGGGUGAAAUCAAUUGGGGAAAGAGUGGUUCUUUAUGUGCUCAACAGAAUAAUUUAUCGUAAACAAGAAAUUGAGAAAAAUGAGAUCCCAUUCCUUUGCCAUGGUAGCCAUGAUUAUGCAAAAAUUCUGUGGAAGAAAGGAAUGGCUAUUGGUUUUUAUUCUAUUAAACUGCCAGGAAGCAUAUGUAGUGCCUUUCUUACUCAGAGCUACCAGCUUCCUAUUCUGGACACAAUGUUUGUGAGGAAGAAGCAUAAGGGUAAAGAUUUUGGGCUUCUGAUGCUGGAAGAUUUUGUGGAUUCUUUCACAGAAGAUGCCCUUGGUUUGCGUUUCCCUCUGACAUCUUUCAUGCGUACUGCUUGCCAGAAGUACUUUGAAAGGUAUCCAGGGGAUCGUGACCUUCUGUGGGAAGUUGAAGGCAUAGGCCACUGGCACCAGCGAACACCUAUAGCUAGCGUUUUGCAGAGAGAAAGUUUAAAACUCAAAGAAGCCUUGCAAAUAGAAGCUAGCACUUCCCAGAAUGAGGAACAGCUUCUGUACCGUUCCACAGAUAACAGCCCAUCGCAUGAACAAGCAGUUGACCCCAGUGAAACACACUUGAGUGUUGAUGUCCAUAAAAAUAAAGAUGGCUUUGAUGUAUAUGAAGGUACCUCUGAAGAACUUACUGCUUUACCAAUUCCUACUCGAUCACGAAGCAAUCAUCUGAAACAUCCAAAGUUGGGGAAAAGAAUUCAAGAACCUGGAAUUUCUGAAACUGAAGAUGUAAAUUCUUCUCAAUCAUUGGGAAACAGAUUGGAUCCUAUUAUUCAUGCAUCUGAACAUUCAGAAGAAUUGAUAGAGGAGAUGGAAGAAAAACUGAUGGACAGUGAACAGAAAAAGCUAGUGGAGAAUUCAAAACAAUCAGUCCAAGAAACAGUCCAGCAGUAUAUUCCAUCAGAGAAACAAGAUGAUAAAGAGGAAACAGAUAUAGAGCCAAUCAAUGGAGAGAUAAUGGAAAAUGCUAUCAAGGUAUCAAUAGUGACUGAAGGAUCAACAAAUGAAGUUCUGGAUGGAGAGUCAAAGUUACAACCAGACAGUUCAGAAGAAACAACUUUAACUUUACUUGUACCGUUAAUCCUUGAUUCUUCAGGAAAAUCCACUGAAGAUAGUGAUGACAAUGUUUCAGAUAAGGUUGAGAAUUUGGCAGAUUCUGAGGUGGCAAUAGAAGAAGAGCAUGUUACACAAAGGAAAAAAGCAAAUGCUGAUCCUGUUUCAGCAGCAGAAAAAGAAUCUUCUAAUAAUGGUAUUUCAAACUCGGUAGCAGCUGAAGCUCCAGAAGAUGCCAUUUCUGAAAAUGUCUCUCCCAACACAACCUCUUCCUUGGAAGAGCAAAGCGAAGAGGGUGGAUCUGACUCACCAGAAGCCCCCAUUGCUCUGGCUCAGGGGGCUCUGAUGAUGGUUGAAUUGGAGGACAUCUCUUACCAGCAACAUUCCGAGGGACAAAAGAACCAAAUGGAUGAACAGUAUGAAGAGUCAGCUGAGCCCGUGUCUGAGAGAGCUGCUGACAGCAGUUCAGAAGAGGCAGAAAUUGAGGUGCCCGUAGUAGACAGGCGGACCUUACGAAGAAAGGCUAAAGGAUACAAAGGCCCACCUAAGAAAAAAGGAAAACUAAUUUGAACAGAAUUGUAGUCAACCUAAAUGGGAAUGAUUGCCAUUUUCAUUGUUUCUUUCUUCACAGAAAAAAGCCGUAAAAUUACAUACCACGGUAGGAUACCCAUGUAUUUAAAUACUGGGGUCAUUCCCAGUUUUUUAAAUAGUCUGUUACUUAUUUUGUUGUUUAACCAUUAAAGGAACUGAAUUGAGUAUGGAAGUAAAUGUCUACUUUUGCUAAACAAUAAUCAUAAAGACAUAAAAUGGAGACAGUAACUAUAAACCAAUUAUUUUGGAGAUGUUGAAGGUCCAGAUGCCACUUUAACAAUUGUAUUGUUAAGCUGCCUCAAGUAGUUAUUUGUAAGCCCUCGUUACAAUAAAAACAUAAUUUGUGAAGUAUCAGGCAUUUUCUUCAUCCCUGAAUGGUUAAUUGCACACCUUGAUGGUUUUUCAAGCUUAGCAGGGAUAGGCAUUUAUAAUUAUAGGGGGUUUUUUUCAAACCCUGUUACUGUUAUUUUGUAGUAAAUUUAAAAUCCUGUUUUAAACAGAAAUACAGAAUACUUGAUAUUAUUUUGUGCUUAGUUCAAAAUACCCUUCAACUUUUCUAUGGAUACUAUAUACCCACAUUCAAAAAACCCAAGAUUAUAUGAACCUAACUAAACCUGAAUCUUCAAUCUAUGUUGGAGUACUCUGAUUAUUUUGCCUGUGAAUAAAACUCCUAAUAUAUACAUAGUAAAGUGAACUCCUUCAGAGUAAUUGUAGAUUAGACCAUCAUAAGAAUUUAUCAUUAUCAUUUUCUAAGUAUUAGCAGUUGGACAGAUUCAGUCAUUGGUUUAAGGCAUGUUCAGUCUUGAGUUUGAGUAUAUGCUAGUAAAAAUAUUCACUUGAAAAUAUGUGAAAGUGUUCACUUUACUCUUUUCAGAAUUGGUGUUUUGGCUUCUGGCUUUUUGGUUGCUUUUUAAAAACAACUCAUUUUGACAUACAGAUGCAGAGGUUUUUUUGUUUUUUUUUUAAAGCAGGUCAUGAGAAGUUUUGGCUUUGAGGUUGAUAAGAGUUGCCAAGUUGUUUGAAUUUUCAGCAUGAUACACAUUUUUCUACCAGUGUACAUUUUGUAUAUUGUGUAUUAGAAUUUGUGCAGAAAUAUUGGUUCUAAUAUAAACACUUUCUUAUAAAGCAUCUGAAACAGCUUGUAUCUUGUACUCCCCUUUUUUGGUAAAAUAAGACAUUUUGACAAUUUAAGAUCGGAGCAGUUUUUUUGCUACUUAGUGCUGAAGUUUUUGAGAUGGACUAAGUUAAAUUACAGUUUUUGAAAGGAACCAUAGUUAUGAACGUUAGAUGUAUUGAAUUAGAUAAACAUCCCAAGGGGCUUGAUUAUUCUUAUUCUGUAAAACAAAACAAUAUUUUGUGAAGUGGUUAAGUGUGUAUUUCUAUUAUUGCUUCUAUUAUGGAUUGGUGGUGAUUUAAUACUAUACUAAAUGUGUUUUAAAUCAGUGUUUUUCCCAAAUCAUAAAUUUGACUUGUACAUUAACUAAUAAAACAUUUAUUUUCAGUCUGUAUUUAAAUUGGUCUAUGUAACAUUUAAUUGCAAAGUUACUUCUUACAUGAGAGCUGAGUUUCUUAACCUUUUUAGGAUAGUUAGUUAUAAAAUCUUAAAAGUUAAUUUUGAUAUCUGUGGUCAACUCCAGAAAACAUUUUCAUUGUUUUGUCUAUAAACCAGAAGGAUAUUUUUUCUUGUAUGCACAAAUAAGAAAAACUCCUUUCUUCAGAGAGCAAUCUACUAGCUGAAAUUAUUCAAAAAUCUCUCUUGGACUACAUAGUUUAUAAAAAUGUACAAUGCCUGUAGCAAAGUCUGGAAGAAUUAAAUUAAAUACUGAUUUGUUAUGAUAGCAAAUAUUUGUAUGUAUUAUGUAACUAAAGCUUGGGGGGGGUUUCCCUCACUGGAAUUAGGUAAUAUUGCUUCAGUAAUGUUAUUGGUGUUUAUCAACUAUUACCUUGUAACUUUUUUACACUGCAGCAGUUAUUGAUGUAACACCUUAAAUUAAUUAUGUUGAGAAAUUAGUUAAGAACAAAUUUGUAAAGCCAAAAGGAUUAUUAUAUUGUUUAGCUUAAAUAGAUGAAAUUAUUGGGUCUGCAAAGAACAAAAUUCUUGAUAAAAGUUCAUAGCAGAAGUGUAAAAGAUACUGUACAAAACAAAACUGAAAAGCAGUAUUAUCAUUCAUCUGUUUUUAGUUUAAAAAUAAUAUUUAAAGAAAGUAGCAUGUGAACUCAACUUUGUUUUUAAUUAUAUAGUUUUCUAGGACCUCAUUUCUUAUUCAGGUUUUACUGCUUCCAGUGUCAAGGUGUCUUUUACAUUUCAUGCACAUUACCAUUUUCAAGUAUGAUUUCAUGAACUGUUUUACUGUACUUAUUGCAUGAAGUAUGUAGAAUCUCUUCUACAUAAAUUUAAUAAAAUGUUUACCUUUUAGCUCAAUA